AUGGAGCAACACCAUAUUCUUCUCCUCGGCGCGACGGGUGGGUCGGGCCUCGCUUUCAUUGAUGCAGUGCUCGAAUUGCCUCAGAAGCCCGCGCUGACCUUGUAUGUUCGCGCCAGCUCGAAAUCGAAAAUUCCUGCCUCGGCAACCGGCAAGGCUGGCAUUCGAAUGGUGGAGGGAGAACUCAACGAUGGUCAGGCUUUGAGAAUUGCGCUCUCAGCAUCUAACGAUCCCUCAUUCUCGCCGGUAUCGGCAGUGAUUUCGUUCUUAGGUGCCUAUCUUUCGCUUCAAGCCGUGUUCACUCGGGACAAGUCUCAUCCCAUCGCGGAUGCACUCGCGAAUUCCAUCCUGCCGACUAUGAAGUCUUGCGGUGUGUCUCGGAUCCUGGCCCUCAGCACACCCACGGCAUUCUGCCUCCCCGCCGAAAGAAAGUCGAUGCCGUGGAAAUGGUGGUUUUACACCUGGAUACCCUUGCUCUUGGCCCCUCAGGCCAAUGCAGAAAUGAAAGCUAUCGCCGACACGGUGAUAAAGGUGGGUUCUAAGGAUGAAGGGCUGGAAUGGACUAUGUUCCGUGUUCCGCAUUUGACAGAUGGAGAUCGAAAGGCAGAGGUGAUUGCUGGAAAUCUGGAUCAAGCAUUUAAAGGCAGCACGGCACGAUGGGUGCUUACCGAGCUACAAGAGAGACAUUGGAUUUGUCGGGCACCGAUGCUGGGAAAUGCUUGA